GUCUUCGCUUGAUCGUGAGAUCGCGUAGGUUCGUGUCAAACGUGUUUGAUUCAUGUGAUCGAACGGAUCAUUCACCUGGGGCGCGCAUCGUUUUUGUAUUGUCCGGCGCGUAUAAUCGUAGGCAAUUGCGGGCAAAACGGCGGAAUAAAACAAGUGGUUUCUCCCAUUCGUUUAGUAAUCGUUUAGUUAUCUGUGUCUUGCAUAUAACUAUUUUGGCAGACAGUCAACGAUGACAAAAUUCAGACUAUUUUUCGGUUUUUAUGUGUGACCGUAAAACAGUGCCGUCACGCGACCAAAUUUUAUUGAUAACGCUGCUGUUUCGCGCUUGUGUGUCAUUUGACAAGUAUGUGUGAAGGAACCAAUUUUGUUUUCAAUCUUACCUGUUUGCAGUAUUCGCAGUGAUCGCGCGAAGGCUCAAGGCUCUUUCGCUGUCGUACCUGGAUGAUACAUAUUCGUGGUGAAGUGCAUAUCCAAAUUUAAUAAGAAGCUCUCGUGUGUUGGUGUGAACUGUCUCCUGCACAGCUUGAUGUGCUUUCACUAAACGCAAUCGCAAACUUGUUUUGGCCUUGAAUCAGUGCGCUGGCUAGCGAACCUAUAGCUGCUACCUAGAUAAGCUUUAUCGUUGUCUCGUCAAUUGAAAGAGCAACCGGCAGUACGCGUCGUGCACUUCAUCGGUUCAUACUUUAGUGCGAGAACAAAAGUGCAUGUGGCAAUGGUGAUGUGAAUUUUUAGUAGAUCGAGACAAUUAUAUGAGGUUUGUGUUGUGUACUUACCACGAACGAGUCGUCUGUGACCGUAUGAAAAAUGCCACUUCGGUGCUAGAUUGACGAAUCAACAAAAGCCCAGCUCCCCUAGCAGCCCCCUCCCCCCUCGUCUGUAGGCCCCGGACCUACAAUAUAUAGCGCAAAGGGGCUUUUUGUUUAUGCGGAGUCUCCCCACCGAAAGCGCAAAUCAGAAAAAAUGUAGUAGCUACGAUGUAACGAGUUGGUAUGAAGCUCAGAAGUCACAGAAGAAAAAAGGAGAAGAACAGGAAAAUAAACUGUUAACUGCGUGCUAAAAAAUCAGUGCUUUUUAUCACAAAGUGUUUUGCUUUGGCAGCAACCAACAAAGCAGGUUGAACGUUAAUUGCAUCAGAAAGUACAGUGCUUAAACGGUACCCGAUUGUGAUAGUUGAUUUCCUCUAGUUUUUAUACAAAAAGGAAAUAUGCUUAUUAUUUUUUCUAUUAUUUGAUAAGUGUUGCUAAUUAUACAAAUUAUCAUUAUCUCGAAUAAGUUACACGUGCUUCCAAAGUGUCAACGAAAAAUGUGCAGAUGCUGUCAAAGUUGCUGGGAGGAGCUAUACUGGACAUGUAUAGAGGAACGGUUUUGUUACGAUGAAACAAUUGCUCACUACGAUCCGGAUGAGGAUGAGUACGCUCAACAGAAAAAUGCCAAAAACGGAUUUUACAACUCGGAGGAGUCGAUGGAGAAUAACAACGCUCCGAUCUGUCGGCAGCCAGCUGGUUUGGCGCGAAACAUAUCCAUGAGCUCGAAAAUCCACGAGGAUGAUUUACGUCGCGAAAUUCAAACCAACGUACCGAUGCUGGCGCCAGAGGUUAUGGCCGUAUUUGCCAACUCGCAGAUCUUCCAGGAGCACACUCCCCCGAAGUCGUCCCUGAAGAGUCCCUCUUCGGUCAAAUUUGCCAUUUCGUCGGAGUCGGCAUCGAUAGAUACGCUGGUAACACCGCCUGCCUUUGCCGCAGUCCCGGACAACAACACCAACAACAACGACAGCAAACGAGAGGAUGACUCUAAUAAGCUUUUGCAACGCCUCGAAGGAUCCCGCCAAGACAUCCGUGAGAGUAGGCUAGGUCCAACCGUAAUCAUCCCGGAAAUCGUUGAGGAAGUCCAGGAUGCUGAGGUUAUACUGCGUCCGCCGCGAAGCCUAGCUGAGGCGUCCACUUCAUUCUCCAAAUCGGCAUGCGGUUUCGACAAGAGCUUAUCCCAGCUGGAGCCAACACAACCGUACUUCUCUUUGCGACCGGCCAGCGAGAACGACAUCUUCACCAUUUCUUCGGCAAGCAACGCCUGCAAUGCCAUCAGUAUGACCCCGGAGGUUCCUGCCAUAUCGUACUCCAAUCUUCCGAAGAACUACCUGGAGACACCCACGGUAGAGAAAUACCGUGAAUCGGUCAGUUUGUUCUCCAUACAAACGGCAAGCGUUAAGGCCAACGAUUACUCAAUGCCUAGAUAUUACCGAAAAUCGGAUCUUUUUGCCAAUCGCACAGAUCAAAGUAAUACGGACUUGGCUAGCUCUAACACUUCGAUCACUUCCAAUCCGGCGCGACAAGUAGAAAAAAGCAAGCGUUUGAUGAAUAUACGGACAGCAUUGCCCCCGCUUAAUCUGACACUCAUCAGAGGAAGCUCGUCAGCUAAUUUGAAAGAGCGCGAGAAAGAGGCCAAGGAGAAGGAUAAACUUAAAGCAAAACAGUAUUAAGUAAAUACAAGUAGGCGGUACUUAUUGUUGUGAAUAGAUGGUGCCUGGGCAGUUCUAUUAUUUUAUACGAAUAUGGUUGGCACCAAAAUAGCUGUAUAUAUUGUUUUACUUCAAAACUUUCGUUAAAGACGUUUAUAUUUAGUUUUUAGUAUUUUGUGCCACAUCGUCAAUAAAAAUGUUGUUCAGAAAAUAGAAAAUA